AUGCGGAUCAAAUCAAAUAAGCACCAGAAGAGAAACAUUCUGCAGGUCCAUCCAAAUGUCAUAUGCAAGGGUCGGCGAUCGUUCAACAGGCGCGUCAGAUGUAACUGGUCAUCCGGAAUCAGCUGGGCUAAAGCGAUGUUUCUGUCAGUAACGCUCGGACUGGGCAUCUGGACCAUCGUCGAUGUUGUUCUGAUAGCCACAGGAUAUAUUCGUCCCGCUGAUGGGUCAUUAUACAUUUAG